AUGGGCUUGUCUCGUCCUCCUAACCCCGCCCCUUCGCUCCCGACUCCCCCCCUUUUGAGGCGCCUCAAAAGUAACCCCGCCCCUUCUCUCCCGACUCCCCCCCCCCCCACCCCCUACUUCCCCCUCCCCCCUUUCCUGGCAAACCCUAAUCUUGGUUUAGCAGACGGAAGUGCUCAUACGGAAGUGCUCAUGUUGGAACGCCUCUCCCACCCCAACCUGGUCAGCCUGCGCGGCUACUGCGCUCACGGCGAGAUGGCGUUUCUCGUGUACGAAUACGUGUCCAAGGGCGCGCUCAACUACCACCUCUUUUCCACGGCCGACAAUGUGAUUCCCCUGUCGUGGCAGCAGCGGGUGCAGAUAGCCGUGGGAGCGGCAACAGGGCUGCACCAUUUGCACGAGAGGAACAUCAUUCACCGCGAUUUCAAAUCGUCCAACAUCCUGCUUGACGAUAACCUGGUGGCCAAAGUGAGCGACUUUGGGCUGGCCAAGGUGGGCCCGGUGGGGGAUCAGAGCUACGUGGAGACCAAGGUGAAGGGCACACCGGGGUAUAUCGACCCUGCUUACAUGGAGAGGGGAUGGCUCACUUGGAAGUCUGACGUGUAUGCCUUUGGAGUGGUGCUGCUGGAGCUUCUUCUGCUUACAGUGAUUGUGUAG